AUGCCCAAUUACGGAACUGUGCAGAGAGCUGUGUAUGGGGUAGUCAAGGGCGCCGGGAAACUGGAAGGAUUCGAGCCAGCUGAAUCCGAGUUAAAAGCAUUACCCGCCUCAACCACCAACUUUGAUUCUGGCUUACAAACGAUAAUUACCUGCCAACCUUCAGUGCCAAUCAACGCCACACCUCCACAAUUUCCUGACGGAUGGUCGCAAUGCCUUAUCACCCCUACUAUCAAACGCAAGAUCCUAAGUACACCCGGAUACCCCAAACCUCUCAAUCGGCCUACUGAAAAUCGCCACCGCAUCGCUCGGUCACCUCCGAGUGGAGGCUUGGGAGUGUUCGCAACUGUUGAUACGAAAGCCGGAGUUCUGAUUUUUAGUGAGCGAGCUAUCAUGAUCUUGUCCCCAGUGAUACGUUAUCCGCCAAAUCUUCCGUCCCACUUCACGACUACCCAAAGGUACCAAGCAGCUUUGUGUCAAAAGGAGAAGGAUAUCGAGGCUGUCUUUGGGAGGCUGCAUGAACAGCACAAGGAGGUUUUCAUGGCGUUAUGGAACAGUCAUAAAGAGGAUGGAAGUGGACCGCUCUUGGGUAUUGUUAGGACGAAUUCCAUUGAGGUUGAUUACUACGAUGAUGAUGAUGACAUGCAGUUCCCAUACACGGGGAUUUGGAAUGAAGCGUCAAGGUUCAAUCAUAGGAAAGUAUACUCCCAGAUUCUAAACCCAUCUUCCUGUCGCUGA